AUGAAGACAGCCCUGCUUUUCCUCUGCAUUAUAGGAAUCACUUGUGCCUUCUCUGCAAAACACUUCCGAAGAAGAUUUAAGUCAGACGAUUCAGAAGAAAAUGCAGUGUUCAAGAACAAAUACAGGCAUUUUCUUUAUAGAUAUCCUUACUUCUACCCACCUAUGAAAAGAUUCCAGGUAAAUACAGGACAGUCAAAUGAAGAAAAUGAAGGUGGAAAGGGAAGUGAAGAGACCACAGUGGCUCCCACUACACCUGCUGCAGCUGAAGAUAACAAGACUGAUGGAAAUGCCGACACUGUCCAAAAGGUACCAGCAGUAAAAGAGCCUCCUCAGAAACCGGGGAAAGAAGCAGGUGAUAAAAAGGUUGAAAAGGAAAAUGUUCCCAAAAAAGGUGCAGAGGAAGAAGACAGUGAUGAAAAUGAGGAAGAGGAGAAUGAAGAGGAAGAAGAGGAGAAAGUAGAUGAAAACGGAAGUGGUGUUAAUGCCACCAGCACAAACAGCACCGUCGAAGAAACUGGAAAUGGUGGAGAGGAAGAAGAAGAGGAAGAAAAUGAAGCAACCACAAUCAGUCUAACCACCCUGGUCACAACUGUCAACCCCACUGAAAGUACUACAGGUGAACAAUUGCAAGAAGGGACCACUCCUGCCGAUCAGGGCCAGUAUGACACCACCACAAAUGGCUAUGAACAUGAAGUCCAAACUGAUUAUUAUGGCAGUGAGAAUGGGUACCCACGAGGAGAUAAUUUCAGAACAUAUGAGGAUGAGUAUAGUUACUAUAAAGGGCAUGGAUAUGAUGUGUAUGGCCAAGAUUAUUACUAUAAUCAGUGAAAAAAAGGAAGCCAUCUCUUGACAUGUUCAUUAUAUAUUUUUGCAUGUCAACUGUUCACAAAGUCUACUCAGGAAAAUGCAUCACAAUAGAAUGGUGCUAGUAAAAUAAGAU